UUCCGGAAGUACUUGUCUGGUCGCCGCGAAAUAUUUUUGCCCUUAGUCACGUGACUCCGGCUUUGUGAACCAUCGGAUCUCAAUUUUGUGAGAAAGACUAUAUUAGCUAUUUGUAUAUACCUGCUUUGUAUAUACCUGUAUAUGAUGUCCUCUAUGGGAUCCUCAAGGGGCAACGUACGGUCGGGAGGUAGGGCAGACAAGUCCUCUUCUCAGAAGACCUCUGCUCAGAAUGUCACAGCAAAAUCCACACCAACAGAUUCACAGCAACCAGUUGGUAAAAAGGCAACCCAAGAACAGAUGAGAAUGGCCCAGAUGAUAUCUGAUCCUCGCACAGAAGAUAAUGAUGUGGUCAAAGAGAAAGUCAAACAGGUGCAUGAAUUGACCAACAGAUCUGAAGAUGAAAUCAUGGUUGCACUCCACGACAGUAAUUAUGACACAGAACAAGCCAUUAUCCUUCUGCUGGAGAGGGAGGAAGGUAACCAGAAGGAUGAAUGGGAAACUAUUAGCAGUAAGAAGAGCAAAGUUCGUGGAAUGCCACCAUCCAUGCGUAACACAGAUUCAUUCAACAAUCAUCAAGACAAAGAUCACAAGAACGAUGAUGAUCGCAGAGACAGGGGAGGGCGGGGCCGUAACCGUGACAACAGAGAAAACAGAGAUGGUCAUGAUGGAAGAGGAGAUAGAGGAGACAGAGAUGGAAGCUACAGUAGGGGGAGAGGGAGAGGAGGAAGGGGUAAUCUUCCACCCAGAAUGACUAGAGGGCGAGGAAGGGACAGAGAUAGCGACUAUGAUCGAGAUCGCAAUGAUCGUAACGAGUCAGGUCGUGGGCGUGGCAGACGGAAUGCUGAAAUGAAUGGUCCAUCUCGGCGAUCAAAUCGCGGAGGUGGUGGUGGUGGUGGUCAAAGGUCAUUCACAAAUUCUAAAUUUGGGAAUUUCCAAGAAGAAGAUGCUUUCAAGUCCACAGACAAUGUUUGGAGAAAUCCUCCAACAGAGUCAUGGGAUAAUGCAGUGAAUUCCAACACACAGCCAGCCACAAAGACAGGAGAGUGGGGUGCAGAGGAAUGGGGAGCAGAGGAUUGGACUGGGGAUCUGGCUGAAAGUCAGGUAUUUACAGCAACCAAUCCCGUCCCACCCAUGCCCCUGGAUCCCAUCUCCGCAAGCCCAUCAUCCCAGAUGCAAGCACCUGUUGGUCAGCCGCCAUCAUCCGGUCUCUCCAAUCAAGGCAUGCCCCAGCAACACUCGAUGGAUGUCCAGUCCUCGUUAACCGGUCCCCCUGGGGGGAUGUCGGCUGGCAGCAGCUUGUCGGCGGGUGGAAGCAUGCCUGCAGCUGGAACUAUGUCGGCUGGUGGGAGCAUGCCAGCCAGUGGAAAUAGGCAACCUGUUGGGGGAAGCAUAGGACAGUCGUCUGCUGGUAACAUAGGGCAACCUCCUACUGGCAGCAUAGGUCAACCGCAUUCUUCAAGCAUGAUGCAAGGAAUGGUUGGACAACCCCAAGGUGGUAUGCCAGGAGGUAUGUCUACUGGUGGUAUGUCUACUGGUGGUAUGCCUACUGGUAACAUGUCUGCAGGUGGAAUGUCCAGUGGUGGUAUGUCAGCAGGAAGCAUCGGUCAACCCCCUGGUGGUGUGGCUGUAGGGGGAUCUGUGAUUGGGCAAGGAGGAAUGAAUUCUAGUAUGCAGGGUAAUACCACCAUGCCUGAUAUGACCAGAAGCAUCGACCUUGCAGCUCUGUUUGGCAAGUCUGUCCAGGCCCCUUCAACCUCACUCGGAGUAAGUGAUCCAGCAGCUAGCGGGAGAGAUAGUAGCAGUGUCUUCAGUCAGUUCCGGGAUCCCAGCAAGACUCAGAAUAUGAAUUCCAUGGCAGAACAACAGAGUAAACAAGUGCAGAUGGGUAUGGACCAAUCACAAGCAGGACAGCUACCACCCUCAUCAAGGGCUCCAACGCAAUCCAAGCCAACUCGUAAAAAGCUUCCCCCUCCUUCCACCAAGAUCCCUGCUUCAGCCGUAGAGAUGCCCAACUCAGCCCGUGGUCUGGGUGCUCUGGACGUCCAGUUUGGAGCUAUGGACAUCACCAUGGAUCCAGCAGUGACUGAUUUUGGGCUCUCCUCCAGCUCGAUGCCUUCGUCGAUGUCGUCCACGCUCUCAACGAGUGGGGGACUUUCUAAUAGUGCUUUCAGUGUUAAUAGUCCAGGGACCAGUGCAAACCAUCUAUCGUAUAGUAAGAGUAAUGAAUCGCCGUACCCAGCAUCAACGGGAAUGAGUCCAGUUGGGAUGAGUACAAAUACAUCGGUGAAUACACCACCUUCUAGUGUCCCUCAACAGUCAUUGGAUCCUACACAACAGAGAGGACCACCCCAUUAUGGGCAGAAUUCACAACAGAAACAGAUGACACCAGACCCUAUUCCUCUACCAAACCAAAACGAUAUGAAGACCAAUGCAUACCUCACAUCACAGAAACCCUCCUCAGUACAAUCUAUUGAUAAUAAAGACAAGACAACAUCCCAGUUAUCACAGCUUGCCAGUCUCUCAUCAUCAUCAGGCUUUGGGCUCUCAACGAGUCAGUCUAUUGGUGUAAACAGACAGGUACCAAAUUCAUAUGGUUCACCGGGUAUAUCUGGAUCAUCAAGCAUGCCAACCACAUCCAGCUCCCAAUACCAAACAUCAGAACUCUCCAGCGGUGGAACCAGUGCAUUCUCAACCCCCAUGGGGUCAUCGGGCCUUUCAGGAGGACUAUCCUCUGGACCUAGUACAAUUGGUUACUCCUCGCCGUCUCAGACAGCAGGCAGUCUGAACAGCGGAGGGGUCUUAUCGUCGUCUGUGGUCAGCGGUGGCAGUAGCAGCGGAGGAACGGUAGGAGUGUCGGUAGGGAGUAGUCUGUCAAGUUCUGGUCAUUUGUCCAGCGGGAUGAGUGCAAGCAGCAGUGUGUCGCAGGCGACUACCACGUUGUCCAGUACCAAGCUGGCGGGUUUAGAUACCAGACAAGGACAGUCUUCAUUAGGGUCAAGCAAUCUUGUAUCAGCGACGCUCAACAGUGUAUCUUCUUCUUCAACGUUGUCAUCAGCGUCAUCGGUGCUGACAUCGUCAUCGUUAGGGUACACAACAACCACGGCGGGACUCGCGGGAUCAAAAUCAGUUUCACAGGGAUCAGCCAAACUGCCACCCAACUUGCCACCAGGGAUGCCCUUUAUGUACCAUCCAAACCUCAUUGGUGCAGGAUUUCCACUAGUCAAUCCAAUUCCAGCACAUCAACCUUACAUGUAUGAAGAUUUCCAAAUGCAAAUAGGAAGAUUACCUAUGCCAUUCCAGCAGCUGGCUACAACGACAUUGAACACAGGUCGAGAUACAAACUCAUUAGGGAACACACCAUAUUCUGUCACAGAGGCAAGUAAGUUUCCAAGAAAUGAUGCAGCUUCACCGGUAGCUACAUCCCUCUCAACGCAACAACAUCAACCAACAGCAGGUUCAGCGUUAGCUGCAGGACAAGGGGCACAUCAUCAGACACAAACGCAACAGCAGGCGCCUUUCUUAAACACGACGCUACCCCCUGGUUAUCCAGGCUACAGCACUCUACCUUACUACGCAGCGGGACCAGCAGGACUUAUGCCACCUGGUCUUCAGUAUCCUGCAGUCUUCCCUGCUGUCAGUAGUGUGCAACCAACAAACCGAGCUCAAACAGCAACGACACCACAUUCUGCCUUCCAGCAGAGCGGUUACACACAACCAGCAUCACAUAAUGCUUAUGGUACAGGUUAUGAUGAACUAACCCAAACACCUGACUUCAGUAAGGGAGGGUACAACAGUGUUUCACAAUCACAGUCUAAAGGCUCAGGGGUUACAGGCAGAGUAACAGCUUCAGUGAGCUCAGCAUCGACAGGCCCAGCUGACCUGGCCGGUUCAUCGUAUUCCAGUAAGUCACACACCCAGCCGUUUGACAACAAGGGAGGCUUUCAUACGGGAACCCCACCCCCGUUCAACUACCCCCUGACGGCAGUAACACAAGCAGGUGCAUUGAACCCAGCAGCAGCAGCCGGUGCAGCCCAACAGGCCCAUUACCCCCCAUUCGUACCCAUCCUACCGCACCACUCCGCCAUGUUGGCUCAUCAGCUACCGGGUGACACCCAGGGUGCAGGAUCAACUGGACGAUCGCAGGGUGGGGCUUCACAGAGCUCCAAGACCAGCAAACCAUCAUAUGGUACCAACUACUGGCCCAACUAAGAUCCCAACUGACCACUUUCACCACCAACCUGCAUCUGAUUUAUGAAAAAAAAGGGAAGAUGACACAGUAAUACUGUUCUUUUAUCAUUCAUAAUCACUCACAUUGAUUUGUAUGGUGUUCCUUAUCAUCAAUCUUCAAUUUUGGGUUUGCUUUCACAAAUUGCUAUUGAUUCAUCUAAAUCUAUUUUCGACAUACCUUUAUAUUUUGUGUGAUACGCAGAAUACAGUGUGUGCAGGUGCAGUGGUGCAUAAGCUAUCCUCAUUGAUCUCUUGUUAUGAAAUUUAAACCUUAAUUUUAGAAUGUGCUCUACAUUUAAUGCAAUUAA